AUGAGCUCGGGGGUAAAUGGAGACUGCCGUGAUGGCGUGCCGGGAAUUACGACCCGGUCCCACCAAAUGAAAUUUAAUCAUUCUUUCGGCUUUAGGAGGAUUGGUCAUAUCUGGCUUUCGCCUGCGCCAUCUGAGAUUAUCAACGGGUCUCUGGUGUUUUCAACGAUUACAAUUCGCAAUACAAACAAUGGUCGUACCGGGACGAAGGUAGUCGCUUACAACUGCUCGCUUGAAGCUCACCUGAAAAAGACUGUCCUCUCACCUGCAAAAUCAAAAAGCCGGCAUUUCAGCUACACUAAAGAUAUUGAACUCACGGAUUGGCUCUUUCAACACUUAAAGUUUGUAGAUGAGCGUCGCCCAUGUGCACUUCAACUCAUCCAAGAUAAAGAAAGAUCAGAUCAGGUCCCAAAUGAGGUUUUUGCAAUCACAGGCUUCGCAAAAUGUAGGGACCGCCCUCCGAAUCAGGAAAACCUCGCAUAUAUGCCACUCUUGACUUCAGAACAACUCCGAAACCUACCUUCUAUUGUACAUUCUGAUAGCAACUUUAGAAUGCAUGCGCCGUAG